CGAGCGCCGGGGACGGUGCCAGUGGGGUUCAGCUGCGCCGAGGAGGGGGCGUGUGGAAAGGAAACAGGCAAGAUAACGCAUAAGAAAAUCUUUGCAUCAUUAAUUUGCAAAUGAUCGUUCGCGCCGUCCAUUGAUUCAGCUGCAGCGACUUUGUAUUUGGGUAUUUCUGACGUUAAUCUUCUCGAUGAAUUGCACCAGGGUACUGCAUAUCUUGAACCCCAGGCCGAUCCCAGAUACCAUCAUGCCUGUUGACGUAGCGAUGAGGAUCUGCCUGGCUCACUCCCCUCCUCUCCGGAGCUUCCUGAGUUCCUACGAGGAGUGCCGGGCCAGGAACCUGGUCAACAGGUACAAACCACUGCGGCCAUGCAUCAGCAGCAAGCAGGAAAUGCAAACGGCCAGCUUGGGAUGGAAAAGCCAGAAGAGCAAAGGAAAGAAGAGGGUGAUCUUCGCUGACUCCAAAGGUAUGUCACUCACAGCCAUCCACCUGUUCUCAGAGUCUGAAGAAGACCCCCUGUCAGAACUGCAGUUUGACCUGACUGAUAUCGGGGAAACUGCAGUCAGUUUGAAAACGGCCAGAGAGAGGAGCUUGGCUCUUGACUUCCCUCAGCCUGCAGCAGAUUACCUGGACUUCAGGAAUCGCCUCAAGAACAACUUUGUGUGUCUGGAGAAUUGCACACUUCAGGAAAGGUCCCUAGCCGGCACGGUAAAAGUCAAGAAUAUUAGUUUUGAGAAGUCAGUGCAGGUGCGGAUAACUUUCGACACGUGGAAGACCUUCACGGACGUGGAUUGCACGUUUAUGAACAAUGUGUACGGCUGCACAGACACUGACACCUUCUCCUUCGUCAUCGACCUGCCCAGUGCCGUGCCGCACGACGAGCGAGCGGAGUUCUGCGUAUGCUACAAGACCCAAGACCAGAUGUACUGGGACAACAAUGAUGGGAAGAACUAUGGGCUGGUCCACACAGAGUGGGAGAGCGAUGGCCGACCCUCCCAGCUCACAACACAGAAAAAGGUAUCAGAGAUCAAAUGCAGCAGCAAACGACCUGAGAUGGAGUUCGACCAGUUCGGCAGUCCCAGAACGUCCAGCGGAUUCUUCCCUGAAUGGCAGAGCUGGGGUCACGUUGACAACAGUGCCCCCUACUGGUAACUACCCAGGGCAGACUGAAGACAUCUGCUAUACUUCACAUGUGGGGGGCCUGAUAUGUCCUGUGUGAUUCCCCAUUUUAGGAUGACAGCCUAUCUAUUAAAAAAAAGGACCAGGGAGGGACAUAGAGCUGUUAAAAAAAAUAUUUCCUAAGUUUCCUACCUUUCAUUUUAUUUCAGGCGAUUUUGUGGGAAAGUCGUUACAGUGCACGGACAAAUGGUAGAAGUGGAUGUAACUACACUAAAUUCCAAAUUUAAUUUGAGUAGUAUCCAAAUAGCCUGAUUGUUAUGUAAUAUGGCAUCCUUGAGAUUAUUAAGGUUAACAUAGUUUUGUUUUAAUUGAAAUGUUUCAUUGUACCGAGAAAAAACGUCAAAGGCACGAGGACAGAGACGGAAAGGUUUUCUAAUGCGUGCCAUGACCUAAAGGGGUUUGUUCAUUUUCACCCGAUAAACUGUUAUAUAGAUGCCUUCCUCUGUUGCUGUGUCUGAUACCGUUUUUGUGUAAACGACGGAAUAGUACUUCUGAAAUACUUCUUCUUUAAAAAAGAAAAACGCUAAAGCGAUACGGCUGUGUCUGCAGGUUGACGUAUCUUGUGGGUAUUUCUGCGAAGAAACAGCAUUUCUGGCACUAUGCCUAGAUUUAUAUAUUUUGCUAGUUUUAUGUGCAGUGAAGACGGAAUCUUUUCUUAAACGUGUGUAGAAAAGUGCCUUUGUCUUUAGACGAGCAUAGGUGAAAUGCACUUAUAUAGAGUAAUUUAGUGGAACUCCCUGUUUAACACAGAAGGACCUGACGCCCAUUGAUGCAGAUGGUGUGUUCAUUUCACCAGAAAGUUGUUUUAAUAGAGGGAAAAAAAGAGGGUGAGAUUUUUUUGCACUGAAUGAAAUAUGCCUGUGGAGUCUGCGAAUGUUAAAGGAGAGUCACUGGUUUUUAGCGGGUCCUUCAUAUUGAAGGUUUGUUAAUGUAACUGCACCGUUCGCGCAAUGACAUACAAAGCAACAGCAAUAAAACAAGGAAAUUGUAAUCCUUCCACACCCCAGCCAGCUCCCAGACGGUUAAAGAUAUUUAACCUGCUCCUUUGCACAUACGAGUUUGCCUAUUUUUAUCUGGUUAAAGAUCCUGCUGCACUACACUUUUCUAUUCAGCCAAUUCAUUGCUCGUUUUAUCGUUGUGUUGCUUCUGCAUUGUCGUUUUUUUUAAAUCCCACGCUGUGCGAUUGCAGUAAUAUGUGAAACUGAGGAAAAGUAGCGAAAGAGUUAAAAAGUUAUCUGUGAGGUAUGCAUGUCACGGAAGUGAGGGGUAUCUGUGGCCGGGGGUCCAAAGGAAAAGUGCGAUGAGUGAAACUUUUUUUUCGUGCGUCUUUUUUUGGUCCUUCCUGUUUCAUUGAGCACUGUUUAUCUUCCUACACUGAAAAUGGCGGAUGUUGUGUAAAUUGCUUUGUUUGUGCAAGUGUAAAGUGGAGGUGAAUGUCAAGGGCUAUGCUAGAUGAUUUUCUACUGCAAAGAAGAAUCUCUGUAAGAGCAGUUUUCUGUUCAGCUGUUUGCGUUGGAAAUAAAAUCUAAUGUUGAUUUUGUGAAAGUU